UUGUCUGGCUCCUUUAUUCCCGUAGCGACUACCCGGCUAGAGACCAUGCUUGCCGACACUGCAAUUUGCGUUAAUCCGGGCGACUCCAGGUACGCUCACCUGAUUGGCCAAUGGGUUCGUCAUCCAUUUCCUCCACAUCGCCUGCUACCGAUUAUUGGGGAUGCCAAAUUAGUCGAUGCUGAAAUAGGAUCUGGUGAAUUAUAA